AUGAACCGUGAAAAGAUCAGAAGAGAAAACAACACAUCCACAGUGAAGCAGUUUGUCCUGCUGGGAUUCUGUGACCUUCCAAACCUUCAAGGAUUCCUAUCUGGAGUGUUCUCUAUCAUUUACAUAGUUAUCCUAAUUGGAAACAGCCUCAUAAUCAUAAUAACAAGUUUUGACCCUGCACUGAAGAAACCCAUGUAUUUUUUCCUAGCAAAUUUUUCUUCAUUGGAAAUUUGUUAUGUGUCAGUCACUGUCCCCAGGAUUCUGGUCAGUAUUUCAAUUCAAGACAGAAGCAUUUCUCUACUACACUGUGACACUCAAACGUGCUUCUUCCUUAUAUUGGCAGCCACUGAAAGUUUGUUACUGGCUGUGAUGUCGUAUGACCGCUAUGUGGCCAUCUGUAACCCUCUGCACUGUCUUCUGGUCAUGCACCCAAGGAAAUGCAUCCACCUGGCAGCUGGCUCCUGGCUUGGCGGAAUGCCUGUACAGAUAGGGCAAUCGUGUAAAAUAUUCUCGCUGCAUUUCCGUAAUUCUAACCAAAUUGACCACUUCUUCUGUGACAUACCCCCCAUUCUCAAGUUAGCCUGUGGGGAUACGUUUAUAAAUGAGCUGUUUGUAUAUGCAGUAGCUACGUUGUUUGCUGUAAUCCCUUCUAUGCUGAUACUUGCUUCAUACAGCAAAAUCAUUUCCACCAUUUUGAGGUUGCCAACAGCCACAGGACGUGCUAAAGCAUUCUCCACGUGUUCUUCCCACCUCCUGGUUGUGGUUCUAUUUUAUGGAUCUGUUAGCAUUUCCUACUUAUGGCCAAAAUCCACUCAUUCUGCAAUAACUGACAAAUUGCUCUCUCUUUUUUAUACUAUCUUAACUCCAAUGUUUAAUCCGAUGAUAUAUAGCCUUAGGAACAAGCAGAUGAUUGCAGCUCUGAGAAAAUUGCUACUUAAAACAUUGUGA